AUGGAGAAGAGGGAGCCGCUGCGCAGACGCCACCACCCGCCCAUCCCCAAACGGGCCUACAUCGGGCCCGACAUCCGCGCCGCCACGCCCGCAUCGCCGUCGUCAACCGAAGCUGCUCUGCCUAGGUCGCCACCCACCCCGCUCCACCAUCGCUUGGAAGAAGGUAGCCGCCGCCGCGCCUGCUUGAUCCGCGGCGGCAGAGCUUGUUCCCGGCCGUUGUCCGCCGCCGCCGGCUCCUUCUCCGCCGCCCCCGUCCGUCCCCAUCGCCGGCUGCCGCCCUCUCCCCCGUCGCCGUCCCCGUCGCCGUUCGCCGCCCACUCCCCGUCGCCGACUCCUUCUCCGCCGCCCCCGUGCGCCCCCGUCGCCGUCUCCGUCGCCGGCCGCCGCCUCUCGUGCCGGGCCCUGUGCGCUCGCCUCCCGAGCCGCCCGCUCCCUAGUCGCCCGCCCCCGUGCGCUCGCCUCCCUGGCCGCCCGGCCCCGUGCGCCCGCUCUCUCCCGUGA